UUGGGUUCAUUACACUCUUCUGGAGGCAGAGGGCUCCACUGCGAUAUAUGGGCUUGGUGAGAAUUCAAGGAGAAGAGGACGCAGACGGUUUUUGGUAUCACUGGUGGGUCACGACUCACGAAAUCGGAGUGGGUUUUUGUAUCACUGGGCGGCGGCGAUGCGAUUCAGUGGUCGGAGGGGAUGUCGAGAUCGGAGGUGGCCGGGCUGGCGACGUUCGAGCUAGUGGCGGUGGUCGGGGCGCCGACGUCGUGGUCGUCUUGACUCUCUGUAACUCUGUUUGCUCAACCGGCUGGCCCGGCUCGUCGUCGACGAAGGAUAGGUAGAGACUAGAGAGAAAGAGAGAAUGUCGACUCUGAGUCUCGACUAAGAGGAAACGAAUAGAUUUUUUUCAUUUUCUUUUCAGUUUUGUUUUUCUUUUUUUAAUUAUUUGGGUUUGGAUUUUUUAACCCAAGUUCAGGGGUAAAACCUAAGUAAACCCAACAUAAUGAGUAUGGGUAUUGACCCAUCUGACUUUAUCCAUUUACACUUUAAUUGGAUUUCAGACCAACCCAAAUGGGUUGGAUAGUUAUAAACCCCAUGGGCAUGGGUAUAAUUGCAAGCCUCCAGUAGGCAGUAGGAAUGACAAUGGGCAGGUCCUGGGUCAAGUUCGGAUAAUUUAUCAUGGGUCGCGGGCAGCGGCGGAUCCAGGAUACAUUAGAGCCCUGGGCCGCAUUUAGGGGCGGAGAGAAAGUGCAAUUGGAUGGGUCCUGAAAACCCACCGAAAAAUUGUCAAAUUACUGACCAUAUAUACGUGGAGCAACGUUAAUAUAGUUCUUGCAUACAGUUCUUCUCCAUGUGCACAGAGUACGAUGAGGUUCGACUUUUUCGGUUAGUUUUUCGGCGAUCGUCAUUUUUUAGGAUUGUACAAGUUUUUUGGAAGUUGUUGAGUUCGAUAUUUAUUGUAUUUAGUGAAAAAUCCUCUCUCAAAGGCAUAUAUAAACAAAUUUUGAGUUUUGAAUUUUUUUAAGUUGGUGGCAAAUAGUAGUCAUAUUGACAGCAAAUAACAUGCAUCUUUUUUAGUAGUCGUACUGGCAGCAAAAAAACAUAAGAAAAACCUAAUUACUAUUAACCUUACUAGACCACUAACAUACGUAUUACUUGGCCCAUGCAAGCAAUUCUGACCACAUACAAACAAAUAACAUACUUGGCCCAACCCAACUUCAUCUGACAAUUGGCGGGAGCAGGUCUCCUUUAAUUUGUCCACUGACAUUGGUUUUAUUACUUAUUAGUUGCAGGGAGUUUGGAGUUAGGUUUUGGGUUGGGACUUGACUCGGGAAAAGAGAGGGUUUGGCCCAAAGAGAUGAAGGCUGGAAGUAUAGCUAAUAGGUGUCAAUGGUUGCGGAUCAGAGCAGGCCGACCCAAAGGGUAUGCAAUUUAUAUGGAAAACAUUAGAAAUAUUCGUUAAUUUCAUUAUAAGAUCAAGAAAACAAAUCAUAUUAUAAUAAAUGUAGUUAAAUUAU